CACGGACUGAGACCAAAUACCGUAUACACCAGUGCAGCACAGGAAACCUGCUUCAGCACAUCAAUAUCCCUCUUCACAUAAGGCAAAGCAUUUCAGAUGAAUUCAGUGACAUAGACUCAGACCUAAACAAGAAAAAUGAACUGUAAAGGCCAAAUGAAGAGUUUCACUUGGGCAAUCAUCUUGGGUGCCUUGCUUCUCAAUGCCUCAGCCAGCUUACCACAAACUAGUAUAGAAAAAAUAACAAUGGAGAAAACUAACUUGACAUCUAUAUCUUCAAAGACCCCUGAAACAGUUACCAAGUCUCAAGAAGACAAAGUGGCUAAUCUUCAAUUAAUAACCUUUCCUACACAUUCUUCUACUAUGGCUGUAAAUGAGAGGAUGGUUGAUAAAGGACCUAUUUUAGGCAAUCCAACAGUAAAACCAGUUAAUCAUAUCACUGUUUCUGUACCUCCAAUAGCAACUACUGUCACUCAAAGCCCCAAUGUGUCAAGUCAGAAUAAUGCCACUAUAAAUCCCCUGUUGUUGCUUAAAACAAGUGUUAUCAUGAAACCACCCCCUACUUUGCCAGAGAAAAUUAGGAUGAUUCAGUCCUCUGUUGAUUUUGAAGAUAUUAUGACAGAAAAGCUUCCAGUAAGCAGUAGUCUAAUACCCACACAACAGCCACCUGAGAACAAUACAGUCAGCCUGGGUUCCACCUCCUCUCAGAACAUCAGCAAUGCUACUGUAGCUAUCAAGCCACUCAAGAAAAAGAAGAAGAAUUUGGCCCUUAAACCAGGAAAGAAGAUGGCUUUCUCAGUCCCCAAACCCCUGAAGAAUGAUACUAUCACUGAAAACCCCAAGAUCACGGGAAGAAAGAACAAAACAAAAGUUAUCUCCAAACCUCUUAAACAGGGCAAAGGAACAAAAGUCCUAAAGAAACGCAAGAAGCCUAGGAAACAAUUGUCCUCUAAACUGAAAUCAAAACUCAAGAAACCCCAAACUAGUGUGAAACCAAUCCAGGUACAAAAAAAGAGACAGAAAAAGAAGAAAAGUCAAAGAGCAGAGAACAAAAGAAGAGUUGAGGCAACAGUGUUUCCUUAUUUCGAAGAUUAUUAUUGCCCGCCUGAGUGUGCUUGUUAUGGAAGAAUAGUCCAGUGCUCAGAUAAAGGAGUUGAUAAAAUGCCAUAUGGAAUUCCCUUCAAUACCAGGAACCUCUUCCUAAUGAAUAACAAGAUAGAAAUGAUCCAGAUGGGUCUCCUCAGUGAAUACCUCUCACUAGAAUUUAUAGUCCUCAACAACAACAAGCUGACAGACGCUGGAAUCGAAGGUGCCUUGGAAGGCAUAGAAAAGCUGACUCGUCUCUACAUGGACCAGAAUCACCUCCACAGUAUUCCCACAGAUCUACCGCCCACCCUGGAAGAAUUGAUGCUGAACUCAAAUAACAUCAGUCAGAUGUCAGCGUAUGUCUUGGCAAAGUGCACAAGUCUCAAAAGCAUUAGCCUGAACAAUAAUAACAUAACCGAUGAAUCCAUUCCUGAAGGUGCCUUUAAUCAGGUACAGAACCUACGCAUCAUUAAAAUGAAUCAUAAUCUGUUGAGUGUCGUCCCUGCUAAUCUUACCACAAAUCUUCGAGAGCUGUACCUGGAAGGAAACCAGAUUAUAAAAAUCCCAGAUAGUGUGUUUGCAAAUUCCUCUGAACUAACACACCUCGAUCUCCACAAUAAUCACCUCAAUAGUAACGGAAUUGGGGAUAAAGCCUUCCUGCAUAUGGUAAGACUUGAACAUUUGGACUUAGGGAAGAAUGCCCUCACCUCUAUCCCCAAACAGCUCCCACACUCUUUAAAAACCCUCCUCCUGCAGGAAAAUAACCUCACUUCAAUAAGGAAGAAUGUAUUAUGGAAUAUGUCAAAGCUAGAGGAAAUCCACUUAGAGCACAAUAAAAUCUCAGUUGUGGCUGCUGGUGCCUUUAGGAGGUUGAUGGGUUUGCGUCAUUUAGACAUCAGUUACAAUCAACUCACCCGGGUCCCUCGUCAGCUACCCCUGACGCUGUGGUACCUCUACCUCCACAACAAUCAGAUCAAUUUCAUUCCUGCAGACUCUUUCUGCGUCCGGCGACGAGCAGAAAGUCGUCUGAUUCUUGUGCGACUUGAGAAAAAUAACCUUGACCACAGGCAGGUCGAUGUUCAUUCAUUGAAGUGCCUGAGGGGCUAUCAGGUGAUCCACUUUUACUAAGCUUUUACUAUCGGUUUUACUAAUCAAAAGGGAAAUUUAAAGCCACCCUUCAGAUCCUGGCAUGGAUUUUAAACUCAAACUCAGACUCACAAUGAAGAGAUAGUGUAUGAAGUACUGUUGCUCCAUUAUGCAUUCAGGGCAGAACACAAAUUACUUUGAUGUUCGCUUUCUUUAUCACAAAAUAACACUAUUGUACACUAUUGUAAGAACACUCAUUUUGUGAAUACAACAAAGAGUAUAAAUGUACAUUUCCGUGUGAAGUAACCCGAGGAUGCUGUACUGUAAUAAAUACAUCAAAACAAGACAAAGACUACAUGUAGCUUUGAUAUGUUUGUGUUUUAUGGGUGUAGAUUGUUGAGAAUGAAUAAAGAGGCAUUUAGUGAU